AUGAUAUCUUUAGCUCGAUGUGUCGUCCAAGCAGCACCACUUGACCUGGUGUUCAUUUUGGACAGUUCAGGUUCACUAAAGAAUAAAUUUCAAGAUGAAAUUGAUGUGAUACGUCGAAUCGUUAAACAUGUUACUAUCGGUGAUACUGCAACACGUGUAAUGUUGAUUCAAUUCAGCGGUGUACAACAUCUGGAAUUCAAUUUUAACAAAUUUACCAAUCGUGAUGAUAUUCUUGGUGCUCUGGAUGUUCUUCGACAUGUAUCUGGGAUUACCAGAGUUGGUGGAGCAUUUGAAUUUGCUCUCACAAAAAUGACUCCAGAAAAUGGAAUGCGUUCAUCGAAUGUACCAAAAAUUGUCUAUCUUUUGUCUGAUGGGAGAACUCACGAUUAUCCAAAGGACGCUGAAAUGUCUGACCUAAUGAGAAGAAAGAUCCCAAAUGUUGAUAUUUGGGCGUACGGUACCGGAGACUAUGUGGCUUGGAAUGAGCUGAUUAAUAUUACUCGCGAUGCCAAGCGAAUAAUCACAAAUAAGAAUUUGGACAACCUUGAGCCUCUGUUUGAUCCUUGGAGAGGAAUAGAAGUUUGCGAGGAGCGUCCAAUUUGCAUAAAAGGUUCUGAUAAACCGCUAGAUCUUGCUCUUAUUAUUGAUUCUUCCGAAUCUGUUGAUCGUCUUUUUGAUGAACAAAUCCGUUUCGCCAUUGAAAGAAUUAUUCAGAACGUCAAUAUACACCCGGAUGCAGUCAGGGUUGCGCUGAUAACCUAUUCCGGUCAAGCUUUUGUUCACUUCAAAUUCAAUGAUCCAAAAUACGGUAACAACACGGCAGUUAUUCGUUACCUUAACACACUUCGAUCUAUCAAAGGAACAACCUCAACUCAUAUUGCGUUGCAAAUGGCUUACGAAUUGUUCACGAACAGAGAUGGUGAUAGCGGAGCCCGAGAAGGAGUGCCAAAACUUGCUAUAAUUAUGACCGAUGGUCAUUCACAACGUCCUCCUCGCAAUUUAGCACACAGAUUAAGGGCGGAAGGCAUUGAACUAUUUGCAGUUUCUAUGACUCCAAGUCCGUAUGUCGAUGAAGCUGAAUUACUGAGUAUCGCGCAAGAUGCAAGAAGAGUCUUCACGCCACUCAAUGACAAUGAAUUUGAAACUGAGUUUCUAAAAUACGUUGGAUUUGGUUGCGCUGGAUACGAUUUGGGUGUAGAAGCUAAACCAAGAAUUAGAGGAGCUACAGAUGUUACUUGUGGACCAACUUCUGUUACAUUUACAGUACGUACUCAGAAACCGAUGACUGGUUUAAUGUAUGCACAACAAUACCAUGAUGAUCCUAAAUGCGUUAAGGUAACGGAUGGUUCAUCGCGUGAAGUCUCAAUUACCUUUGUAGAAGGUACUUGCGGUUUAUCAAAAACUCCAUCCCCGAGAAGAGAUGGGUACUCGUACAAUGUCACUGUAAUACUGCAGUUUCACCCUCUGAUCAUCACCCGUGCCGACCAAGGCCUCAGCGUUUCUUGUUUCCACCCACAGACAGUAAGUUUGCAAGAAAUUGGACGUUCAAGCCUGAAAAAGUUGACAGAUACUGAAUGUUCAUACAGGCUGCACAGAUUCAGUCCAGAAGAAUGUGUGGCACUUGAUGCUAAAGUCGGCGAAUCGCUGUUCCAUAAAUGGGAAUGCGAUAGUCCUCCAAAUUAUCACUAUUUGGUCCAUGACUGUUACGUUAAGUCUGAGACAAAGAACAUUCAGAUUUUGGACUCCGAUGGAUGUGAAAUUGAUCCACAUUUUCUUGAAGUUCCUGACUAUUCAAAAUUCUUCGAAAAACCACGUAAAGGAGAUGCAUACGUGUUCAAAGAAAUGAGCGUUUUCAAAUUUCCUGGGGAUUACAACGUAAUUUUCCAAUGCAAAAUCUCUUUAUGCGAUAUGGAAAGUGAUGCGCCGUGCACACAGAUGAUUCCACCAAAAUGUUCGGGAAGCAAAAAUACUGGAGAACAUCGACGAGCAAUAAUGCAAUCGGAUGAUGAUGAACCGACUGCUGCACGAAGUCGUCGUUCAUUGCCGCAAACAAAAGAAGGUUUCUCGAUGACUGUGAAUGUAGAAACUAGGACUUUGAAUGUUCUUGAAAAUGAAUCUAUUAGGCCGCCAAUACCAGUGAAAUAUUGCGAUAUUCGUUUAUAG